AAUCCCUCGCCAGUUUGUAAAACGUCGGGUCGCACGUAGUGAAAAUAUCUAGACAAAUUCAGCAUUCGACGCCGAUUGAUGUUCGAGUUAUGGAAGACAAUAAAGGUAUGAGUCUACGCGUUGAGUGUCGUGUUUCACCAACUAUGAUUAAGACAGAUGUCUCGCAAAAAAAUAUAUAUUAUAUAUUAUAUAUCGCGUGCGUAAUUUUUUUUGUAAAGGCGCGCUGAAAAGAGAUACAGAAAGGGGGCACCCACGAGCCCCCUUGGUCGUCUUUUUGGCUAAGUAUCCUCAUGCAUUCAUAUUUAGUCGGUAUCCAGUCUUGUAACACACCAAAACGGCAAACCUGUCUUGCACACAUCCUUUACAUUAAAUUUUAGACCUCUCUGUUUAUAGAAUAUCACACUAAAUUCCACACAAAAUAUUUAACUAUGACAUUGCGCGUUAUACCGCAUUUUGAUGUAACGUUUCUCUGGCGGUAUACAUCUCUCCUAAACCUCAAGGUCCCUCCCUGCCUCAUUAACCCUUUCGAAUUGGUGACAGAAACCUUGACUUCAUUAAAGACUCUUCCCCAGGAUUUUAGAUUAAACACAAACGCGAAUAGUAAUAGAUCAAUGAACGGUCACCAGAACCAUACAGGCAGUUCUGAAGUCAUAGCUGUGAACAACGGUCUAAUCAACAAUCGUGUCCGUCGUCAAACAAAGAAAAAAAGGAAGAGAGUUGGCAGAGCCUGUGUUUUCUGUCAACGCUCUCAUAUGUCAUGCGACGAGUCCCGUCCUUGUAAGCGCUGCAUUUCUCGCGGGUCCGCAGACCAGUGCCAUGAUCCAGAGGGAAAGCGCAAACGACGCGGAAGAAAACGAAAAACCUCCCUUCCAGAAGACAAAGAUUCGGAGUCUGAAGACGAUGUCCUAAGUCCGGAAGACUCCUACUUGAGCACCUGGUCGAGCUCUAACUCUACUAAUAAUAACAGCAUGAAUGCGAAAAAACAUACAAACAGCCUAGACGGCGGCGUCUAUACAGAUAUGAGUAUCUACGAUCGACACAGCGACGAUAUUGACAAUCCCACUCAAACAUCAUCUCACUUUUCCGAUGACCAUGUUGAGAAUUCGUUUUUGUCUAGCGAUUCUAGACUCUAUAAGAACUGCGAGGAGGUGGACGACUAUUACUCCGCAAAUGCAGACGAUGUGAGUACUAGUGGAUGCGAAGAUAUGAUAGAAUCUACAACUCUAAAUGAAUCAGUUGGAUUUAAUUUCUCAAACUACAACGCUCAAGCGGUCCAUUACUUCCGUCAGUAUCAACCGUUGCUUAUGCAGCCGGAUGAGGAAGAUAAUACUCUGUCCAUGAACACGUUAACUACUCCUAUGGAAGUACCUAAUAGGAAAACGGAUAUGUUUACACAAUUUUUGACUACCUCUGGAGCUGCCAAUAAUAGCAUUUAUUCUGUAAAUCCAGAAGAUACCCACAACGCCUAUCCUGAGGUACUCAAUUCUUCGGCAUCCUCUCUCACAUCUCAAUCCCAUUGUUCGUAUCUGAGUAUUGCAAGCCCAUAUUGCUCACAGCUCUUGUUUAGCGCAUACCGAUUUGAUGUAUUUGAAGAACCGCUGUUCGCCACCAGCCCUCUAAUUAAUAACUUGACGCUCGGCCUCGGGUGCCACGUUCCCACAGUAUGUGGGUUAUACAACGACUCCAUGCAACAUAAAUGUUUCGUUGAUAUGCAUGACGAGUAAUCAAGUUAUCACUUUAAGGGUUUCUGAUGGACAGAAGAGGGGCGCCACGGCUUACUGUGUGAAGCCAACCCGGACCUAUACAGCCUAUAAAUGACGACCAUAUAACAACAAAAUUCAUCACUGAGAGAGAGAGUGACAUUAUAGAUAUAUAUGUCUGAAGCUUGAUGCAACGAGAUAGUGGUAAUUGUUCGACACGUGAGAACAAGAUUGUAUUAGAUAAAUGUAGUUAGGUUAUUUGCACAUUUUGUAAAUGUGUAAGAGCCUUUUGUAACUGU